AUGGCUGAGAAGACCAAGCCUGUCGCGGAGGGGCUGGACACAGACCGGCUGAUGCACGAGCUGGGCCAGUUCAGAAGGUUCCACCUCCUCAGCUACUUCCUGCUCUCGCUACCUGCGUUCGCAGCGGCGCAUUAUGCCAUCAACUACGUGUUCUUAGCGGCGGACGUGCCUUACAGAUGCGUGGUUCCCGAGUGCGAGGCCGCCAACAGCACGGAGUACAACCCCUCGUGGCUGGCGAGCGCCCUCCCACCUGGCGGGAGGGAGAAGCGGUGCUUCAGCAGGGCACCCCUAGAUGACCAGCUGCCCUGUCAAGAUGGUGGCUUCGCGGAGGAGUUACGCUCCUGCGACCAAUGGCUCUACGCGUCCAAAAACACCAUUGUGUCCGAGUUUAAUUUGGCGUGCCAGGAGUGGAAACGCACGCUGGUGGGGACAAUUCAUAACAUCGGGAUGCUGGUCUCUCUCCCCAUCCUUGGAUAUAUAUCUGAUCGAUGGGGUCGUAAAAGGGCCUUGAUAUUGAGUUGCACACUUGUCGGAGCCAUUGGAUCACUGAAAGCCUUCUCUAUCUCCUACGAAAUGUACGUCAUCGUGGAGUUCCUUGAGACCGUUGCCGGUGCCAGCGCUUUCCCAGCUGCUUACAUUCUUACGAUCGAGCUGUUGGGUCAAGACAAGCGAGUGCUUACGACGGCGUUCUUGGGCAUCGUGCUAGUGCUAGGAGGCCUGAGUUUUGCCUUGCUAGCCAAAACCUUCCAAUACUGGCGCACCUUUAUACUCGUUGUCUACCCGCCAUCGUUGCUCUUCCUAUCCUACAUAUAUCUGUUGCCCGAGAGCAUUCGCUGGCUGCUUUCGCAGAACAGAAAAGAGGAGGCCGUCGAGAUCAUAAUGAGAGCCGCCAAAAUGAACAACGUCACGCUAUCGGAGGAGACACUGAGCCAGUUGAAGACGGAGAAGAUCAUCCCAACGGACGAGAAGAAAGAUCCGGAAGCAGAAGAUGGCUUGUGGAUCCAAAUAAUGCACUCGCCAAUAAUCAUGACGCGUCUCGCCAUCUGCUCCUGGUGGUGGAUCACUUGCACCUUCGUCUUCUACGGCCUGGCGAUAAACUCGGUGUCGCUGGCGGGCGACAAGUACACCAAUUACAUGUUGGUGGUGAGCGUUGAAGUCAUCGCGGUGGUCACGAACGCCCUGGUCUUGGACAGAAUUGGCAGGAAAAGGACGCUGCUGGCCGCGUACGUCGUCUGCGGGAUUUCCUGCGUGGCUAUAACCUUUGUACCUAAAUCCAUGUCCUGGAUGGCGACGUCGCUGUAUCUGAUCGGCAAGAUCGCCAUCACCCAGGCGUUCAGCGGCAUCUACAUGUACACUUCGGAACUAUUUCCCACGCACGCGCGCCACUCCUUGCUAGGCUUCUGCUCCAUGGUUGGCCGCCUCGGUUCUAUCAUCGCGCCACAGAUGCCGCUACUGGCGAUCUACGUCGAUUGGCUGCCGUCAGUGCUUUUCGGCGCGACAGCCCUGAUAGCCGGUGGGCUGAUGAUGACCACGCCAGAGACGCUGAACACGCGGCUGCCAGACACCAUUCGCGAGGCUGAGCACAUAACAGCAGCCCCUAGCAAACCACCAGCUACCAGCCAACAGCAAAAAGAUGUGGCCACCUCACGUUGC